UCAGUGGUUAUAUUGACAGACACCUGCCGGAAAUCCACGGCGUAAGACUGCCGAGGUUUUCUAUCUUAUGUACCUAUAUUGUUGUCAUGUGUUGGUCAGUGGUGUAAAAGACAGCGGACUCGCAGAUUCUAAAAUGCCAGCAAAUUUGCCACUGAUUACUGACAUUUCCCAGAGAUGUCAAACCAUGAAGUAACUGUAGCAAGGACCUUGUCAACGCAGAGUCAUACAUUUAGUAUAUGCACUACACAAAACGAAGGAACUGUAGGUAUACUAAAGUCAGAGGUACACACAGACCGAUCCAGAUGCUUUGAUGAAAUGCACCACAGAGAGAAGGGGGCGGAUACAAUCAUGGAAGGGGCGGGACUAACAGGAAUUAAGGCGGAGUCUAAGGCAGGAGGUUUGAGGAAGGAGAGGCAGAAGAGAGCGAGGUACUUGCCUGACACGGUUCCGCUUCAGUUACCGCCCUGCAGAAUCUGUGGAAAACCAGCCUCGGGAAUUCAUUACGGUGUUAAUUCGUGCGAAGCGUGCAAGAUUCAGGAGGAGGAAUCAUCAGACUGUUGUUGUCAUCUGUCAAUAUCUGAUUACUUGUAGACUCAGGAGGAGGAAUCAUCAGACUGUUGUUGUCAUCUGUCAAUAUCUGAUUACUUGUAGACUCAGGAGGAGGAAUCAUCAGACUGUUGUUGUCAUCUGUCAAUAUCUGAUUACUUGUAGACUCAGGAGGAGGAAUCAUCAGACUGUUGUUGUCAUGUGUCAAUAUCUGAUUACUUGUAGACUCAGGAGUCAUCAGACUGUUGUUGUCAUGUGUCAAUAUCUGAUUACUUGUAGAUUCAGGAGGAGGAAUCAUCAGACUGUUGUUGUCAUGUGUAUAAUAUUAAAUUAUAAAUUUAUAAAUCAGCAUUACAGUAUAAUAUUCAGAAUUAAAUUCAUAAAUCGGCAUUACAGUAUGAUAUUGAAUUAAAUUCAUAAAUCGGCAUUACAGUAUGAUAUUGAAUUAAAUUCAUAAAUCGGCAUUAGAGUAUAAUAUUGAAUUAAAUUCAUAAAUCGGCAUUACGGUAUAAUAUUGAAUUAAAUUCAUAAAUCGGAAUUACAGUAUAAUAGUUUAAAAAAUAUUUUUUUAGUUUAUUUAUUUAGGAAUAUGCACGUAUACAAUAUAAAUACAAGACAAUAUCACAGAGGAACACAUAGUUAAAACAAAAGUUGUUGUUGAAUACAUAAGAUAAAACUUAAGGGUAAAUCUUAACAGCUAUUUCACUUUAAGAGCAUAGUGGAUAAAUUAAUGUAUAUAUGCCUAUGCCAAGGAAAACCCAUGAAAGCCAUAUGGCUUAUUUCCAAUGAGGUCCUUCUAAUAUUGAAUUAGAAUUAGAAUCUGAUAUUGAAUUAAAUUCAUAAAUCAGCAUUACAGUAUAUGUAUUGAAUUAGAUAUCUGCAUUUCGAUAUAUUACUGUCGUUGCCAGGGUUUUUUCCGUCGUUCUAUGAAGAGAGGUGAGGCCUACAAGUGUACAAAGGGAGGGAACUGCGUUGUAGGACAGAAUCAGACAGGUUUAGCGUGUUCGGGAUGUCGCCUUCAGAAGUGUGUCCGUCUCGGAAUGUCGAAAGAAGGAAUUCGUCAGGGACGAUAUACACUUCAGGAAAGAACAUCGACUAUUAUGGAAGUGAGAAAAUUAAAGGAGGAAGAAGAUUUAACCGAAAACAGCAAAGAACACCAAUCAUGCAAUUCUGUGAAGUGUGAGGCGGAGUUACCCCCCUUGAAGAAUUACUACUGGCCUUUACUUAGUGAACCGUCCAGAUCAGAUUCCGGUUUAUCUGGAUCUCAUUAUCCAUGCACAUCCUCCUCCAGUUCCAACUCACUCCUAAUUCAUCAGCAACAUUCAUUUACAGAAUUUUCACAGUCUCAAACGGGCAGCUUAGACCCAGAUAACCCAUCGCUCAGUUCCAGUUUUGUAUCCUCACUAGAAUCAAGCUCAGAAACUCACUCCCACCAUUCCAUUCCACAUUCUUCAUCUGCAGGAGCCUGCCAGAAUACCCCUGCUGCUGUCGAGCGGACAUUUCCCGUGAUAACUGGCAAUGUGUCGGAGGAGUCGGUGUUACUGUACAUCGAGAGUCUGAUGAUGGGAUAUACCGAGAUGAAACCAUUCACCAAAGAUAUGUCGGAUGAGGAAAUCCACGCCUUACUGCAAGACGGAUUCACAAAGUACAACCAGAAGAUCGAGCUCUUCGGUAACAUGGACCCCUUACCCGCGAAUAUCUACAACGAAAUCUUUAACAUGACGAACAUGGAUAUAGAUGGCAGAACAAAAAUCCUGGAAAUAAUUCGUACAGAACUUGUCACUGUGAUCCACGAAUAUGUUCGGUUCACACAUGGGAUUCCAGCAUUCAAAGAACUGCAUCCCAAUGACCAGGCUUCACUUUUGAAGGCGGCUAGACUUGAAUUUUUCUUGAUGCUUAGUUACCGAACCCUGGACCCGGAAACGGGCAUGAUGAUCUCGUACACAGGACACGUUCUUCCCAUCAGGCAGUUCUGUGCCUAUGCCCCGGAGGACAUGUCGACAUCAUGGCUGGAAGUCUCACGGGACAUACGUCGACUGCAUCUCCAUCCCAAGGAACAUGCCGCCAUGUUGGCGAUCUGUUUGACUUUCACAGAUCGCUGUUCACUUCAGAACCCGGGGGCUGUUGAGAGGAUUCAGACUGACCUACUUGAGGUCCUGCAGUAUUUGCUGAGGGAGAGGUACCGUGAGGGGUGUGGCCGGCAGCUGGCCAAAAUCAUGGACGUCUUUGUCAAACUGCGAGGCCUGAACGAGGAGUUCCUGAUGGUUUAUCAGAAGAUUUGUCAAGACCGCUUCCUUAUCGAGCAACUGCCAGAAUUAUUACAAUUCUUAUUCGAUGAAUAAUAAAACCGGUUCCUUAUUGGGUAAUAACCAGAAUUAUUACAAUUCUUAGUCAAUGAAUAUUAAGACCGGUUCCUUAUUGGGUAAUUACCAGAAUUAUUACAAUUCUUAUUCAAUGAAUAAUAAGACCGGUUCCUUAUCGGGUAAUUACCAGAAUUAUUACAAUUCUUAUUCAAUGAAUAAUAAGACUGGUUCCUUAUCGGGUAAUUACCAGAAUUAUUACAAUUCUUAUUCAAUGAAUAUUAAGACCGGUUCCUUAUCGGGUAAUAACCAGAAAUAUUACAAUUCUUAUUCAAUGAAUAAUAAGACCGGUUUCCUAUCGGGUAAUUACCAGAAUGAUUACAAUUCUUAUUCAAUGAAUAAUAAGACCGGUUUCCUAUCGGGUAAUUACCAGAAUUAUUACAAUUCUUAUUCAAUGAAUAAUAAAAGGUCAAAUGCAA